UUGCCAAGUUUACUUUCCUCAGCAGAGUCCGUCUCAAUUGAUGGUUCGACCGGUUUUAGAGAAUCCAGAAACGGAAUAAAGUCCACCGAGAUGCCCUCCACGUGGUGGGGGCACCUCCCCCUGUUGGUGGAUAAUGGUACUGCAUAUGUGGACAACAGUAGCUGUUUCAGUGCCACACAGAGCACAGUACUGCAGGGGGUGGAGUUCGGAGGAAUACCCCUGGUUCUGCUGCUUGACUUUAUAUUCUUUUUGAUACUGCUAUUGGCCUUCACUCUGAUCAGAAGGAAACUGUGGGAUUAUGGGAGACUCGCUCUUAUCGCAGAGUCUGAGGGGCUGAGUGACGCUAAUAAACGACGUUAUAGUAGAAUGACGUCAUCCUCAGCUGGUGAAGAACCAGAGUAUGAGAGGGGUUGCUGUUCUUGGCUCACCUUCAUCCUAAAUAUGGACGAGACGAUCAUCAAAGAAAGAUGCGGAGUUGAUGCAGUCCAUUAUCUGUCAUUUCAGAAGCACCUGAUUGCUCUGCAGUUACUCAUCUGUGUGCUAUCAGUGUUGUUCAUACUGCCAGUCAAUCUGUCCGGCAACCUGCUGGGCAACAACCCCAACAAUUUUGGGAGAACCACUAUUGCCAAUCUUAAGCAGGGUGAUAAACUGCUGUGGCUGCACACUGUGUUUGCCGUUCUCUAUCUUAUGCUGACGGUGGCGCUGCUGAGACGGCACACUUCGAAAAUGAAGGGAACUAAGUGCGAGAUGGCCAGAAAAACCCUGUUUGUGAAUUCUGUUCCAACCACAGCCUGUGAAGAGAGUAUAAAAACUCACUUUAUAGAGGCGUACCCUACGUGUAAUGUGUCUGAUGUUAACUUGUGUUAUGAUGUUGCCAAACUGAUCAACCUGGACAAAAAUAGAAAGAGGGCCGAAAAAAACCUGGAGCAUUACCGUAAGAUUCUUGAGCAGCAUGGCCGGCGUGAGGUCAUCAAUACGCGUCCUUGUAGCUAUCUGUGCAGCUGCUGCCACUGUCAGAGCUGUGAAAAAGUUGAUGCCAUAGAAUACUAUAGCUCUCAGAAGGCUGCUCUGGUUGAAGAGGUAAAUAACCUUAGGGAAAGUGAAAAGCUGGCUCCUCUGGGCAUGGCGUUUGUCACCCUACAGAACGAAUACAUGGCCUCUUAUAUUCUGAAAGAUUUCAAUGCUCUGAACUGUGGAGGCGGGGCUAGGGGUGUGGCCGGAGAAGAAAUGAGAGUAGGAAUUAAGUGUGGGUGUGGCCAGGAGCCUCAACCAUCCUCUAAGAGUGCAGAGCUGAGAGUACGAAGGUGGAAAGUGAAUUAUGCCCCUAACCCACAUAAUAUCUACUGGGAGAAUUUGUCAGUACGCGGUUGGCGUUGGUGGUUGCGUUGUCUACUGCUGAAUAUUGCCCUCUUCAUCCUCCUUUUCUUCCUCACAACUCCCUCCAUCAUCAUCAGCACCAUGGACAAGUUUAACGUCACCAAACCCAUUCACUAUCUGAACAGUGCUGUUUUCAGCCAGUUCUUACCCACUCUUCUACUGUGGACCUUCUCUGCUCUGUUGCCCACCAUAGUGUAUUACUCUACUCUGGGAGAAGCCCACUGGACCAGGUCUAGUGAGAACAUGAGCAUGAUGUACAAGCUGUACAUCUUCCUGAUCUUUAUGGUGUUGAUUUUGCCAUCACUGGGCCUGACCAGUCUGGACGUGUUUUUCCGCUGGGUGUUUGACUCGCAGUCUGAAGGGAAGCUGAGGUUUGAGUGUGUGUUUUUACCCGAUCAGGGGGCGUUCUUUGUAAAUUACGUGAUCGCAGCAGCACUGGUGGGCUCUGGCAUGGAGCUGCUGCGGUUGCCAGGGUUACUGCUUUACAUUGUGCGACUGACACUUGCACACACGGCUGCUGAGAGAAAAUUUGUUAAACAGAGUCAGGCGUAUGAGUUUCAGUAUGGAGCAAUGUAUGGAUGGACUCUGUGUGUGUUCACAGUCAUCAUGGCAUACAGCAUCACCUGUCCAGUCAUCGUACCCUUUGGUGUGCUGUACCUGUUUCUCAAACACCUGGUGGACAAACACAACCUGUACUUUGCUUACCUGCCUGCCCUCCUUGAUCAGCAAGUUCACCUGGGAGCUGUCAAUCAAGCACUGGCUGCACCAAUCAUAUGCCUGUUCUGGCUCUACUUCUUCUCUAUUCUCAGGACAGGAUUCAUGGCGGCCACAUCUCUGUUCACAUUAGUGGUUUUGUGUAUAACCAUCUUUAUCGGUAUAAGUUACACCUGCUUCGGAUACUUCAAAUACCUCAGCCCCCACAACUACAUUGUUAAAGAGGAAGAUGAAGAUGCUACAUAUGGUGCAUCAGAAAGCUCAUCUGCCUCGGUGUAUCUUCCCAAAGUGCUGAAACCAGACUCAUCGUCUGAAUCUACUGAUAGGUGCAGCCAUCGUCAAACAUACGGCACGACGGACACAAGCCCGGCCUUUCUUGGCACAGAGGAAGACUGUCUAGCAACAGAUAUCUAACAACAUAAGUCAACCCAUCCACUAAUUAGAAGGCAUCUGAUACCAUCUCUGAAGGAAAUAAUUCUUGCCAAACUUGAGAGCAAAACAGACAACCUGGAAGGUUAUGUGACAAUGAGGACACUCCAAAUACACUCCAAUUUAAUCAUAAAUUGCUGUGUAACUUAUGGAAAGGAGCUUCUCUGGAACUAAUGUGUCAUGCCAAAGACACUGAUUAUUAAGGAGCCCCUUAGAGGACGGGGUAGGAUUUUAUUAUUUUUUUUUAUUCUGAAAAUGUUUUGCAUGCUCUUUCAAUAGUUUGCCUUCCCUCACUGUAAAUGUACCAUGGUUUUACUACAGUAACUGUAUUUUAACCAUGAUAUUUCUUGUGAAACCAUAGUAAUAUACAGGAAAAUGAAAACUAUGAUAAUAAAAAGCAUAAUUUUGUGGUAAAACUAUAGUAUUAUGUAUGAUAUGUUUACCCUUUAUAGUUACUACAAUAGUACUAUAAUAAAACCUUAGUUUAUGCCAAAAAACCCCCGCCUAGAACAGUAUUACUUUAGUAAUACCUUGAUUUACACCAAAAACUAUGGUUACUACAGUCUACAAUAUUACUAUAUUAAAGCCAUGGUUUCUGCCUUAAACAUGGUUAUUACAUGGUUACUACAAUAUUACUAUACUUAAACCAUGGUAAAUAUAUUCUGAUUUGAAAUAAAUUUACCAUGGUUUUAGUAUAGUAAUAUUGUCAUUUGUGAAGGAACGCAAACUAUUGUGAGGGCACGCAAAACUUUUAUCAGUAAAAACAAAUCUUGCCCUGUCCUCUAAAGGGCUCCGUAGUUUUUAAACUUGCUAUUCAAAUUGCCAAACAUUUCUACAUUACAAAAGCAGCCUCACCAAUGAGCAUGUGCCAAGGAGUACAUUCAGCUUUAGUGUAUGAAAGGAUCACACACUGGAUAACUGUAAUUUUGCUGAGGAUAGAGUAUUUGCUACAUUUUCUAUGUAUUUAAACAAAUUUGUAUACAAAUAUGUUAAUAUAUUGAUUUGACAGAUCUUUUUAAGCUCAUUGCAUAGUGGCCUUUCAUUCAUAUUUUUUCAAUCAAUGUGUUUUGUGUGUGUUAAUGAAUAGAAUUGAAUUGAAUGAGAGGACUCUAUAGAUGGCUGUUUGAACUGGUCAUCAGAGGGGGGCACUGUUGCCUUUUGAUUUUCUUCAGAGCAGUUCAGGCUAAAGAAGAUGAGACAGGUUCUCGGAUUGACUCUCAGAUCAGAUGAUGUUGAGGAACAGGUAGAAUCUUUGCGUUACUGUUGAAGAAAAAACAAUGAAAAGUAUAUUGGAUGUGGAUAUAAAGGGAAAGUCACUCACUCAAAGGCUGCUUGGUGUUCGGAGAAGCAUGUUACCAUACUACUCUUACUAUAUCUGCAGUGUGUAAUAUGUAUACUGUGCACACUAUGCAAUGUUUCUGUUGGAAUGUUUUGUAUUAAUAUGCAGUAAGCUAGUAUUCCAUUCUGAACAUGGCUACAGCUUGAUGUAACAAAGUUUCAGUUAAA